UGGGUUCAAAAACGUUUAUUUAUAUUUGUUUAUAAAUGACUGUCGAUGAAGAAGCAGGUACUGCAUAUAUUUGGGUUAGUUUAUCUGGCAACGGCGUGUCUUUUUUGUAUCACUAUAUUCAACCAUGGUCCGGAAAUUACUAUUAAGCUAAGCCGAUAGGAAACGUCACUCGUUAAUCUCUAUGAAUUGUUAUGGCUUCGUGAUCGCGUAUUUGUGAUAUGAGGAAUCUAGGACACGGUAUCAUAUACUUCCAUAGCUUUCGCGCUUUUGCGGAUUUCCUUGGUGCUUGGCUCGCGUCGUCGAUGUAAUUAAUUGCGCCGUUCAUUCUUUAGGACGCAUUGCAUUCAAUUUCUCUCGUUUGUGACAGUCUGUUAACAGGAUUAUAAUCAUAAGCACUAGCGACAAGUGAUAUACAGAAACGAAAUUAGAAUUUAUAGGAGCGGUAAGAAAUUGCAGUUUGCAAAAUUUACUACAAGAAAAAUUUUUCUUCUUUGUAUGGAUAUCAGUACAUUUUGGGAUAUAUGUCACUGAGACACUGAAGAACUGUCAACUUUGUCGCCGGGAUUAUCUUGCUCUCUCCCCGCACGACCAAGCAUCGGUUGUCCACCAAACAAUCGGAACGCACCGAACUGAGUGAAUAAUAUUUAUUGUAUAUUUUGCGAUGGACUAAUGGUACAAAUACAAAAUUAAAAGAUUUUAUAGAAGAACUUUUGAGUUACUCAAACUACCGCAAUGGGAAUAUAUUCUUCAACUGAUUUUACGAGAUUUAUUGCAACAGUGCUGCUCAUUCUUCACAUAACGGCGACGUCAUCAGUAGGCGAAGGUGCUUUAACAAGCGAUUUGUAUGAUUUUGUCAAGCAUCUCUCCAGCACACAGAAACCUCGAAUAUGUCAAAUUUAUUCAAUAAGCACGGGAAAACACAUACAAAUAAUUAAUAAGAAAGUAUCAGCGUGCGGAGAAGAUGGAGAUGAAUAUUCUAAAAUGGAAAAGACAUCUCAUACGAUUGGAGUUGUCACCAUCCGCGGUGUGAAAAGCGGAAGAUAUCUUUGCAUGUCUAAAAGGGGAAAGCUAAUCACGAAGAAAAAACUGCCCCGGGAUAAUUCAUGCAAGUUUGUUGAAAAUAUGACAUCAUUACACUACACUUCCUAUAGAAGUGAAAGAGACCGAAAUUGGUACAUUGGUUUCAAUGGAAAGACUGGUCGCGGUAAAAAAGGAAAAAGAACAAGUCCGCACCAAGAGGCGUGUAAAUUCAUGAUCCGCGACUCAGAGGAUCACAAACAUUUAAAUAAAUUGCCGCCUGCACACCUGCAAGAAUUUUUUCUCAAAAUGCGGCGGCAAGUGAAAAAGUUGGGCCCUUCAUUGACACGAAAACGACGACAUAGAUUUCAAACAGAAGAUCCAAUGGAAGACGACGACAAAAUUGAUGACGAAGUUAUGGACACCUUGACGCGUUUGAUUGGGUCACCGUCAUCGAUCGGUUCCGCUCAAGAUCGACAAGAAUGGAUGCUACGUGUUGAAAACUUUUUGAAAAACUACUCCUCUGCGUCAGUCCUCAACACCACACUGAGCGCUUUUGAUCUUAUAAGUCCGGAGGAAAAUCCCGCUACUCCUGAUCCUGCGAUGCCAAACGGACGACGACGCAACAAACAGCGAAACAAGGUCAAAAAGCCUUGUCGUGGUCGAAAGCGCAGUAAAUGCCCAAAAGUCACUGAAACUGAAGGUCCAACAGAAGUUCCCUCGAGGAAAAAAGUUAAAUCAGCAAUGGUACCCAAGACUCCUACGAGGCCAUUGCGUGUCAAAGUUACGCCGGAGUCGCCCACGUUGGCCUCUCCAUUGUUGUCAAGACUGUCAAAAAAUGACACAGUCGUUUCAAGUCCAAAAAUAAGCGUAACAAGUAAAACUGACAAUCAUGCUCAGACGCGUCGUAGGCGUCCUAAAGGGGCAUCAUCAUCGUUAGAAACAAACUUAAAUAAAACAAAUACAGACAAUUUACAUAAAGACAAUUUUUCGCGGACAGUGCCGCCCUCGCCCGCGCCAAAAGUUGCCUCAUCGAAUUCGAGGCGAUCAAGAAACAAGUCAAAGCGAGGGCGAAAUAAACAAAAACAUUCAAGGAGACCAAAAGACUCGUCUUAGCGUAGAAGCUUUUUCUCGAUAUAUAUAUUUUUGUACUUCACGAUACGCGCUUCAAAAUGAUUAAUGGUUCGUUUUUUGUCUUUCUCUAUAACAAUUCUUAAAUUAGUUGAAUCGAAAUAAUUACCUAUUAUCACUUCUGGGUCUUUUAAAAAUUUGUAUAUACAACGUAGAAACGUCAUUAUCCACAAACAGAUACAAAAACGUUUAUAGAGUCGUUUUAAUUAUCCCAAAUUUU